UGGAAUGGAAAGGACCAGAGGAGGGGAGUGAGACACAGGAGUGAAGAUGCCACUUCAGACUCCUGGGGAAAGGACAGAUGUGACUUGUGUCACAGAGAGAAGGGUUUUGCAGAAGUACAACCAGAGAUUUUGCCAGGCCCAGAGGAGAACCAGAAAACGUACAGGGUUCACUUCCCCCAGGCAGGCUCCUUCAGAUGCUCUGAAACUGAACUGGGGUUCGAAGUCAGGGCAGCCGUGACUCUCAAAUACAACUAUGAAUCCUGGCGUUGUUGUCAGACAGAACUGGACAUGCAGCAGUGGAUGAUCGCUGGCCCUUUGUUCAACAUCUGGGCGGAACCGGCCGGGGCUGUGGCAGCUCUGCACCUCCCCCACUUCAUGUGCCUCACAGGGGGAGAGGCUGGCGUCUCCCAGAUGCGAAUGGCCCAUUUUGUUGAUGGGAGGCUGACACUGGAGGAGCCAACGCGAGUGAUGCCUUUCCACGCUGUGCUGGAGAACCCCCGUUUCUCCUUUUGGGGAACUGUUUUGAAAAAAGGAAUAUCUAUGCUAUCUAGUCCAAUCCACGGUAUCACACUGCUUUACCGGGCACUCAGGGCUGAAAAUAUAACUCUCCACCUCUACUUGAUACCUGACAUCCUUCCAUUGAGAAAGGUAAUUGAUGACAAUGAAAGAAAGUACAAAUCAAUACGUGUGCGCAAACCUCCUACAACUAAACCAUUGACCUAUGGCUCCCAUUAUGCUGUAUCUAGCACAUCAGAUGUAGAGAUAACACCUGAGGAGCUGGAGUUCUGUUAUGUAGAUCCCCAGGAUGAACAUCCAUACAUGGAGAUUUACACCCAGGACUUGGUGGACAAACUGGAGCUCCACUUGGUGAAGCAAAGUGAUAGGCAACUGAUCUGGAAGGCCCUUGUGAGACCAGGUGACAUUACGCACAGUUCACCAUCAACAGAAUGCCACACAGGUCAGUUCAUCUCCCCUGAUUUACAGAGGCCUUAUUUUAGUAGAACAGAAAUUACAGAAGAAAAAAGACCUAACGAGUCAAUGGCAGAACCAGGACUCCUACCCGCCCCCUGUACUGUAACCACUAGGCAGUAGUCCUGCCCUGACCCAGGAUUCUAAUUCAGAGCAGGUUCAGGGAGU